AUGACAUCCGUGGCACCACAGAGAGUUUCCUCAUUUGCAUCUAAGGCUGCCGUCGCAGCUACGGGCCAUGGCAACAGUAACAGAGCUCUGGCUGGCUCUGAAAGGCAGAUAGAUCGUGUUGUGGAAAGUGUGGCCAACGCUAAUAAAAGGCUUUCUCAGACAUCUACCACAUCCAACAGUAAACGAAAAGCUGAAAACAGAAUUGGUCCCUGGAAAUUGGGCCGGACAUUAGGACGAGGUUCUACGGGAAGGGUCAGGUUGGCUAAGCACUGUGUUACUGGUCAAUUAUCCGCGGUGAAAAUUGUUCCCAAGGCCGCUUCGGGCACAGUAAUGCAUUACAAGAAUGGGAAGGGUCCUAAAAUUGACGCAAACGGUUUACCGUACGGUAUAGAAAGGGAAAUCAUCAUCAUGAAGCUUAUAUCACAUCCGAAUAUCAUGGCACUUUAUGAUGUUUGGGAGAACGACAACGAGCUUUAUUUGGUUUUGGAGUAUGUGGAGGGAGGUGAAUUAUUUGAUUUUCUGAUAAAUCACGGGCGUCUCACGGAACAAGAGGCUGUGGGAUAUUUUAAGCAAAUCAUCAAAGCUGUUGAGUAUUGUCACAAGUUUGAUAUCUGUCAUCGUGAUUUGAAACCGGAAAAUAUACUAUUGGACAAGAAUCAUAACAUCAAGAUUGCUGAUUUCGGUAUGGCUGCUCUAGAAACCAAGCACAAGCUGCUGGAGACAUCAUGCGGGUCUCCUCACUAUGCUUCUCCAGAAAUCGUUGCCGGAAGGACAUAUCAUGGAUCUCCAAGUGACGUGUGGUCAUGUGGAAUAAUCUUCUUUGCAUUACUUACUGGUCAUUUACCUUUUGAUGACUCCAAUAUUCGAAAAUUGCUGCUGAAAGUUCAGGCUGGGAAGUUUCAUAUGCCAGUCAAUUUGAGCAGCGAAGCCAAGGAUUUGAUAUGGUCUAUGCUAAGAGUCGACCCGCGCGAUAGAAUAUCUAUCCAUGACAUUUUGAAUCACCCUUUGCUCAAAAAGUAUCCAGACACAAGCGACGAGAUCCACAUAGCUCAGGAGGCUGACCUCAAAAUGACAAAACCUAUCAUUAAUAUCGACCCCGACAUAUUGCAUAACCUUCAAACCUUGUGGCAUGGGAUUCCAAUCAAUGAGCUUGUCAGAAAUCUUCAAAGUCAAGAACAAAACUCCGAGAAGAUGUUCUACUACUUGCUGGAAAAGUAUAAAGAAUGUCAUGCCCAAGAUUCGGAUGAAGAACAAAUACACUCGAAAACGUGGAAGCGUCCGCCGUCUCCGGCAAAGUCCGCCAAGUUGGGAAUCCCCAAAUCGACUAGCAUUCGUACCAUCAUCCAAGACGAGCAUGGUGAGGUGCUAAAGAUGUCCACUAGGGAAAUUCCUUCAACGGCCAACAAGGCACCCCCUAUGAGAGGGGCGAGGACCACGACUAUCAACAAGAGUAAGGCUCCUGCAAUGAUAGUUUCUUCUUCAUCUCGAAAAUCUGUUUCAUUUCCCAGACACAGCAGUCAGAAGUUGCUGAAAGAUGAAUCCAAGCCAUGCCAUUCAAAAUCACUUGCCAAAUCAAAGAAACUUACAGUCAAUCCCAAAGAUCUGCCUAAACUACCAGAGGUUGACCUGAGCGACUUCACCUAUUUGGUUGAUGCCGUCUUUACAGAAGAGAAGGUUGACACCGACCUGAACUUUGAGAUAUUCGAAGAUAAAACUGACCUUAUUCCAGAAAAUAAAGCCUUCGCAAAUGGUUCUCCUCGGAGUUCUGAUACAAGGGAGCCCGCUAGUGAGAAGACUACAGUGGGAGAAGGAAGUGUGCAUUCUCUCGAUCCCAAGCGAAGACGCUCUCCGCUUACAGAUUCAAACUCCACAUCUAUUCGCAAGACUAGCAACGUUUUAGAGAAAUUCGGGGUGCGUAUGAGCAGACUUGAUGAUUUCGAAUCUAAGGAAAACAGUGGAGAGAAGAGCUCUGCAAAGCCCUUGUUGAAAAAAUCCUCCAUUGGAAGUUCGCACUCGUCGGUCAGGAAUCUGUCUUCUUAUUUGGAUCCACGAAACGAUAUUCGAUUGACCGAUUACAACGAGCGCAGUAGAAAGGAGAUACCGCCAUCAAGAAAAUUGCCACCAAAUCUUGCAACCCCAAAGACGAAAUCCCAUAAAGCUGAUGUUUCUGUUGACGAGUCCUUAAUAUCAUACGAUAAUUCGUAUAGUCUACACUCAGCGAUACAGAUUCCUAUUCUGACUCCCAAAGAGGAACAAUUUAAGAUAUCACCAUUGGAUCAGGAUAAGUUUGCUGACGCAGACUCUGAACAGAAUGCAAAGUUUGUUUCCUCGCAGUCGAAUCGUUCUAUCAUCAAAACACAUCGUAAGGUCGAAUCAGCAACUUCUCAGGACUCUCAGUUGAACAAAUUUGUUCAACAGCCAUUCCCAACAAUUCGAUGCUCCUUGUUGGCCAACUCUAAUUAUGAGAUGCCUCCUGAGGACGCUCAUCAACGAAAGCGGAUGACUCUCACUCCUGAAAAAACGAAGAAGAUUGAGACUGUAUUUGAAGAACCGAAGAGGGUCUCCGUUUUUGACGAUCCUGAGGUGGAGCAGCCACUUGUUGUGAGGGACGAGACAACCAUUUUUGACGACGAGACCGCAGAAAAACGAAGGUCUUCACGGCCAAAUCCUAUUAGCCUGACUACAACCAAGGAAAGAAAAACCGCAGGAUCCCAAGUUAAAGCGAGAAUUUCUUCUCUUAUCUCCAAAAGAGAGUCCGCGCCGAUCUUCCAAAUUGAAAACUCCCCUAUGGAUCCUGACUUCAAAGAAAGGGAGUUAAGGGAACGCCAGACCGAGAGGUUUUCUGUGAGCCCGCAGAAACGGCCGAAUUGGUUUAAGCGAUUGCUGGGCACCAUCGAGAAACAAGUCGAUAGUCCCCAUGUGAGAAGACAGGCUACCAGAUUCAAGAGCACUCAAUUUUGGAAAAAACAGCAUAUCAUAGAGACAGACGUUCUUUCCUGCGAGCAGGUUAUUGAGGGUUUGCGUGUGAAGCUUGAUCACCAGAAUUCAAUCAAGCUUCGUGCGGGCCGAACAUCAACUACUCUGAAUGUGGAGUACGUUGGGGAUUCUAGAAAAAAUAGUCUCAGUGUGACUGUGGAGACAGAACGACAAGAUGGCUACGAAUACGGUUUCUCAGGGUGUGUUGUUAGACUGAUGAAGAACUCGGGGUCUACAAAAAUGUUCAAGCUUUCGGCUUCGAUGGUGGAGCAGAUCAUACGCGAUCUGGAAUUGACUAUAUAA